AUGUUCCUACCUCUGUGUCUGCUGCUGUCUGUCCUGAAUUGGUGCCUAUGCAUCGACCUCACUUACUUUGUCGAAGAAGGGAAAGAUCCAGGGACACUAGUAGGCAAUAUUGCUGCCGAUUCACAUCUGAUGGACCGAAUCCCUCUUGACGAACGCAACACCAUCACAUUUAGCCAGUUACGGGGAGCACAGACAGGCAGCACCCAACUGUUCCGGGUAUCAGAGAAGUCUGGGAAACUUUACACACUGCACACAUUGGAUGCAGAGCUGAUGUGCAAGCGUUACCAAGAAUGCUCUAGGUUUGUUGAAGUGGCUGUCCAGAAAGGAACAUCGUUCAUUAAGGUUCUUGAAAUCAAAGUGAUUCUGAAAGAUGUCAAUGACUUCCAGCCAGAAUUCCCCAUCAAGCAAGUGAACAUCCAGUUUUCUGAAGGUGAUGCCAUUGGAAUGCGUAAGUCAAUCCCUAAUGCCAUCGAUAAGGACGUUGGGUCUAUGAACUCAAAAAUUACUUAUAAGCUCAUGAAAAAUAUGAAUGAUCCAUUUUCGUUGUCUGUCUCGAAACGUGUUGAUGGGACAGCUCAGUUGUUUAUAAAUCUAGAAGAAAAGUUAGACAGGGAAAUGAAAGAUUCAUACAUGAUUCAAGUGGUUGCUAAAGAUGGGGGAUCUCCUCCAAAACAGAGUGAACUGGAUGUUAAUAUAACAGUCACAGAUGUAAACGAUAAUUUGCCAAUCUUUUCUCAAAAAGUCUAUAAUGUCACAAUCAAGAAUGAACCAAGUGAUAAUUUGCCUGUUGCUAUUCUUUCUGCGAGUGAUUUCGAUAUUGGUAAAAACGGAAGGGUCUCUUACGAAUUCAGUUUGCAGACUUCUGAUAUUGCUAAGGUUCAUUUUAAGUUGAAUAAAGUGACUGGGGAGGUCUUCUUGCAUAAAAAGUUUACACUGGGACAAGAGCUGGUGCAUAAGUUGUAUGUAAAAGCCACAGAUGGCGGCAGUCCCCCACUAAGUUCUAUUGUGAUGAUUUUAGUCAAUGUGAUUAACCAGCAGAAUAAUGCUCCUACCAUUGAUGUUAAUUUUGUUUCUCGGUCAAUGGGUAAAGAAAACACAGUUGCAAUUUCAGAAGAUAUCGAGGUUGGUAGUUUUAUAGCCUAUGUGAAAGUAACUGACCAUGAUGCCGGUCAAAAUGGAGAACUAAGUUGCAUUCUUCACCAUGAUAAAUUUCAACUGCAGAGCCUAGGUCCUAAGCGAUAUAAAGUACUUGUCAAAAAACCACUGGACAGAGAAACACAGGACCAUCAUGAUGUUAUCAUCAGCUGUCAGGAUAAAGGCUCUCCCCCUUUACAUUGUGAAAGCAAAUUUUCAAUUAAAGUAAUGGAUGUAAAUGAUGUGCAGCCAACAUUUGCAAAAAAGACUUUCAAAUUCUGGAUCUAUGAGAAUGAGAAACCGAAUUUUCCGGUUGGUUAUAUCAAUGCUACAGAUCCAGACCUGGGAUCUGGUAGCAAACUCACCUACUUCCUUCUUGCAGAUAAUAAGUACUUCUUGCCAUUCCAGAUCACAGACAAUGGACUGAUUUCUACGGUGAUGUCUCUGGAUCAUGAAUUUCAGGAUGUCUAUGAAUUCCAGGUUUUGGUGAAAGACAAAGGUAGGCCGUCUCUAAACAACACAGUGAAUGUGAUCGUAGAGGUCAGGGAUGAAAAUGACAACUCUCCCUACUUUAUGUACCCCAGUGUUAACCCUUUCAGUCUAGAUGUAAUUUACUAUCCACACCAUACGAAAAACAUUACGGUUCUGAAGGCCUCUGACAGUGACGGUCGGGAAAAUGCUUUCCUCAAGUAUGAGAUAACGGAUGGCAAUGACAAACAACUAUUUACCAUCAAUCCUUAUACAGGUCUAUUGUCUUUUACCCGAGUGGUCACCCAACAAGAUGCUGGUUCCUAUGACCUUCAGUUUGCUGUAAAGGACAGUGGUACCCCAGUUCUCUCUGCCACAACAACUAUCUUUUUGACCUUAACUGUGAGCAACAAGACAUUUGAGAUGAUAAAUGUUGUCCAAAUGAAAGCUGAUGAAGCUGAUGAGAAGAUUCAUCUGGAUUUUCUUAUUGCAAUCGUGUCAGUGGCUGUCACUCUGUCUGUGAUCAUUACAGCUUUUAUUUCCAUAUGUUUCCUCAGGUUAACCAACCAGAAGAACAUUUCACAUAGAACUGAAGGGAACUGUUCUGUGAAAUGUGAGCAAAGACAAUUGAUGUACCCUUAUCUUGCAACUUCUUGUAAUGAUUUGCCUUCAACUAGGAUAGAAGAGGUUGACAUUAACAGAGACUUCCAUCUUAUGGAGCGAGGGGAUUCUCAAAGGGGGGAUAAUUCAGACAAUGGACAAAGUGGGUCAGCUACAAUCAUGCACCUCCAAGCUACUCCAGAGGUUGUAUAUCAGGAAAUAGGAGCAAUGUCCUGGGGUAGAAAAGGUAAACGGACAACUCUUGUCGUACCAAACAACCAAAGGGAAAUAUCUAUGUUGUCUUCCCAUUCUGACAGUGUUGAUGACUGGAACAAAGGGGACACAACCCACAAUCAUGGAGAGACACAAGUGGAUGGUUCACAAGUCUCUGUUCUGCAGUACAUGCUUCACAAGGUUCUAUUCCAUCAUAGAUGGUUCACAAGUUUCUAUUCUGCAAGUGGAUGGUUCACUAGUCUCUGUACUGUAGUGGAUGAUUCACAAGUCUCUUUUCUCCACCCCAUGGUUCACAAGUCUCUUUUCUGUGGUAGAUAG